AUGACUGAACUGGUCAUAUACCAUGAAAAGUUGGAUCCUCAUCCUACCUCGCUCUCUUUCCUUGUUGUGCCGAAGCCACGCCGAGUAUAUCUCUUCUCUGCGCACAGUCAUACACAGCAUAGCCAUAUAUCCCGUAUGCAAGUUGUUAUUUUCUCUGAAAUCUCACCAGCCUACGUCCCUAAACAGAGUCCCCUACCCACAAACAUCCCCAGACUUAGUCAAGCGAAGCCAUUCAUCCAAUCCCGCCCAUGCGAGCAAAAUGAUCGGCCACCACUUCUUUCCGGCUCCACUUUCCUACAUGUCGCAGAGGAAUGCUUUUGA